AUGCGCUCGGAGGAUGGAGCCGGGGGCCCCGGUGUGGCCGUAGCUAUGCGGGGUCCGAGCGGGAGGGAGAAACCAUCACCCGCAGAAAGCCAAUUCCGCCGGGAGUCUCCGCGGCGGGAGGCCGAAGCGCCGCUGGCCUCCUCCUCCGGCUGUGGGAGCGGCGCAGGCAAACCUCGCGAGGAAAAGAGGACGGUCUUGAGCAAAGUGGUCAUCCGGCGGCUUCCCCCCAGCCUCACCAAGGAGCAGCUGGAACAGCAGCUGCACCCGCUGCCUGCACACGAUUACUUCGAGUUCUUUACUGCUGAUGUCAGUCUUUAUCCUCAUCUCUACUCAAGAGCAUACAUUAACUUUAGAAAUCCAGAUGACAUCCUUCUUUUUAGAGAUCGUUUUGAUGGAUAUAUCUUCAUUGAUAGUAAAGGGCUAGAAUAUCCUGCAGUGGUAGAAUUUGCUCCAUUCCAGAAGAUAGUGAAAAAGAAGCUAAAGAAAAAAGAUGCCAAAACCGGAAGCAUUGAAGAUGACCCAGAGUAUAAGAAAUUUUUAGAAACUUACUGUGUGGAGGAGGAGAAAACUAGUGCCAGUCCUGAAACUCUUCUGGGAGACAUAGAGGCAAAGACACGAGAACUUAUUGCUAGAAGAACCACACCUCUCUUGGAAUAUAUUAAAAACAGAAAAUUAGAGAAGCAGCGAAUUCGAGAAGAAAAACGAGAGGCGCGGAGGAGGAGGGAGCUGGAAAAGAAGCGCCUACGGGAAGAAGAGAAGCGGAGGCGGCGGGAGGAGGAGAAGUGCAGGAGGAAAGCAGCAGAAAAGCAGAAGAAAACGGUGGCGGAGAAGGAAGUAAGGAUGAAGCUUCUCAAAAAACCAGAAAAGGGAGAGGAACCGAGCAUGGAGAAACCAGAAGAAAGAGCGGAGGAGAUCGACCCUGGAGACGGGAGGUGGGAGCCCUGUCCGAGUGGGACGGUCCUGAAGCCCAGGCCCUUGGAGGGCUCGCUGGAGGAGCUCCGGGAGAGGUCACAAAAUGACAGUGAUAAAGAGCAAAGGGAUAAGGAGAGAAGACCCCGAGAAAAAGAACUUGAAGCACAGCGAUGCCACUCGGAUGACAGCAGGAAACACAGAGCCCACUGUGAGCUGGAGAAAUGUGCGGGAAGAAGCGGAGAAGAGCUGACGUGGGGGAAAGGACUGGCCGCAGACCGAGGGAGGAAAGGAAGCCAGGAUGGUGGCUGCCGUACGGAAGCGGCUGACAGGCUGGGAAGGGAGAAGAGUGAAGACCGGCCAGCACCCAGAAAGGCGCGCACGGGAAACAAGGACCGGCCAGGCUUGCAGCUCUACCAGCCCAGAGCUCGCAUCCGAGCCCGUGACUGUGAUGGAAGACACCCCGAGGAGGGCCGCGACGGGAGGAGGGGUGAGGUGGAAGACUCAACGGUGGCUUUAGCUGAGAAGAGUGGAGAGGCGGUGUGGGGCGACAUGCAUGUUGGUGAUGUGGGUCGGGGCUCCCCACCUCAACACUCUGUGGAUUUGAGAGGGCGUUCCUUCCGGAAGUGUAUAAAUUAG